AUGUCCAAAUGCAUCUGGUGGUGUCACUCCAAUGCUGAAGUCACUAGAUGUCAUGAUGACAGAUCAGUACAGCCUGUCAGCUGCAAUCACAUAUUCGGAGCACGCUACUGCAUCAAAACUACUAGAGUUCAUGGCGGUGGCCUGGGAAUAAAGCGAUUCUGUUCAUCGCUGUACCUCGGCAAUUACUGCUACUACAUCAAGCAGCCGGGUGACAUGUUGGGGCACAGCCCCUGUGUCUACACUUGCUCGUCGGACGCUUGUUACGGCAGCACCGCAAUCUCAUAUAUAUUUUUGGACGAAAAUCGGACUUGA